CACACACACACACAUACACAGAUACACACACACAGAUACACACACAGAUACACACACACAGAUACACACAUACACACACACACACAAAACAUGGCGACUCAGUUUGCAGACGACGGUGGUUCGGCAAAGAGCAGUUUCGUUAUCUUGGACCUUGAGGUGGAUGCCGAUAGUUUACUAUCUUCAUCGCCAUCGUCAUUAUCUCCUUGUCUGUUGUGUUGUUGCGCUCGACACAUGAUGAUGGUGGACAGGAAGAAGACGAACAACAAGGAGGAGAGUAACUGCAAGAGCAUCAGCAAGAAGGAAGAGAUCUCCCUUUAUAGGGACCAUGAGAUCCCGGACUUCCUAAGGAUCAACCGCCACAUUGUGCGGGGCUAUAGGUCCCUCCUACCCGUCCAUCUCUGUCUCAAAAGUUUAUUUAUCUGGAGCAAUGAAACCAUCAACAUCUGGUCUCAUCUUCUUGGCUGUCUCAUAUUUGUGGUUCUGCUGAUGUAUGAUAAUGUCUAUGCCAUUCCAAAGAUAUCCGGUUCCUUUAUGGAUCACAUCAUCUGUAGUAUAUCUCUCAUAUGUUUUCAGAUUUGUAUGAUUAGUUCUGCUUCAUAUCAUGUCUUUUACUGUCAUUCCCCUAAAGCCAACAUCCGGUGGUUGGCUAUUGACCUGUCUGGAAUAAUAUUUGGUCUGAUGGGAUGUUACAUUCCUGGGGUGCAUUAUUCAUUUUAUUGUUUAGUGGAAUGGGAAAGAAUAUAUAUGAUUAUUAUAGUGAUUCUAUCAGUGAUAAUUUUAUCGAUUCAACUGAAGCCGAAACGGUUGAACAACUCUUUGACUUUCACCAUGUCUCGAGUACUGAUGUACAGUUGUUUAGCUAUCUAUGGCAUCAUCCCUGCAGCACACUGGAUAUACUUGAAUGGAGGAUGGGAGAAUAAAGUUGUCCAGGUGUUUGUCCCCAAAAUAGUUGUCAUGUAUUUAAUUGGUGUCGGUGCAGUCUUCUUCUAUUUGUCUCAGGUACCAGAAAGAUUAGCUCCAGGAAUUUUUGACAUCGUCGGAGCCAGUCACCAAAUUUGGCACAUCUUUAUCUUCUCAUCUCUUGUGUGGUGGCGCAAAUCUUACAUGGAACUCUUAGACUAUCGCAUGCAGUACCCUUGUGUCCACAAAGCAUCCACAUAACAUCCAACAGAUCUUUUUAGGUUUUACAAAAAAAAAAUUCUUUUGAAAAAUUCCAUUUCUUAAUUAGCAUCUCCAAUUAGAUUUUCGUGUCUUUCAAAUUUCACCUCCUCCUACCACAAUUUUUACAACCACCUUCCACCACAAUUUUUCCUCCUCCUCCUCCUUCUUCUUCUUCUUCUUCUUAUUUUUCUUCUUCUUCUUCUUCUUCUUCUUCUUCUUCUUCUUCUUCUUCUUCUUCUUCUUCUUCUUCUUCUUCUUCUUCUUCUUCUUCUUCUUCUUCUUCUUCUUCUUCUUCUUCUUCUUCUUCUUCUUCUUCCUCCUCCUCUUCUGACAGAAUUAGAUGAUUGGGCACAGCAGUUUGGAUGUUGGUGAUUCAGCAUGGCUGGCUGGACAUUGAACCCAUUUUGGUGACUACUUUUUGGCACUGGAGAGGAAACACACAUGCAGAGAGAGAGAGAGAGAGAGAUUACACAUACAUAACUUGAUACUCACAUACAGAAACAGCAAGACAAUGAGAGAGAGUGGGGGAGUAGAAGAGAGAGUGAGAACAAAAAAGCAUUAAAACUUCUGAUGUCAAACAAAUCUGCAUUGAAUCAGUGACAUCAACUAAGUAGCACCGAAACAGCUGUGUCCUCUUCUGAUUCUCCUUUCUUCUUCUUCCUCUUUCUGUCCUCUUCUUCUCCCAGAAUUCCAUUGCCUCCUUUCUCCCAGGCCAGCACAACUGUCAUUCUUACGAUAACAAGACUAAAUAUGACAGCUUUCAAUAUUCUAGUCCAUUAUUUUUUUUUUUUUUUUGUAAUGAAAAUUGAUUUAUUUCCCAUUUUUAACAAACAAUACCAUUAUGCAACAACGAAUGUCAAACGAGUAAUAUUGUUGGAUAUGCAAGUGCAUAUAUAUGUGUAUGUGUGUGUGUGUAUAUAUAUAUGUAUGUGUGUAUGUAUGUGUCUGUGUGUAUAUAUAUGUAUGUAUGUGUU